AUGCCUGAUUUUACUCAAAUAGCGGAUGAAAACUUCUGGCACCGGCUUGUCCCUCAGCUCAGCCACUCGGAUCCGAUAAUUUGGGACGCCGUCAUUGCCCUGUCAUGUUUGAUCCAGCACUUUCAGUCCUCCGGCGAGUUUGUGAAACCGGGAAGCAAAGCAGACCCUAUAGUAAAUGAAGAACAUCGAAGGGCUUUGACCUGGUACGGCAAAUCGAUCGCCCGUCUACGGACACGUUUGAAGCAAGCAACAACUCGGUCAACCACUGCUGUUAUAUCUUGCAUCCUAUACAUCUGUAUAGAAUGCCUGCAAGAUAAUUGCUCUGGAGCACUAUCCCUCUACCAGCGAGCAGUUGCCAUGAUGGAAAUGGCACCGGAACCUGAUCGAGCCAUUUGUCCAACAACAUCAGCAUCCGAGCGCUCUCUCCAGAGGUCAGUCCGAGCUUUGUUACAAAACAUGUCCGUAUCGCAAAGACUUCCUAUCGAGAGGGAAAGAUUUCUAGGUCAAAUGACGUUCGAAACACUUUCAGAUGCUAGAGCAGAGCUUUAUGUCCUGCCCUUCGCGGCCCACGACUUUAUCGUGGACACAAUUGAGAUUAGGAUCAACCAGCCGAAAGACUGGACACCUUCCUCAGUCUUAAUUUCGAGACAGCAGCACCUUCAAACACGAUUUCGGAAGUGGCACUCGGCUCUUGAACAUAUGACCCAGAGCUCCGGGAGAUUUUUCACUCGGAAUGAAAUGGAGGCCUAUUCCUUCCUCCAUGUUGCAUACGGCCAUUAUUUCAUCUUGCUCGUAACAGGUUUGAGUAUGUACGAGACCGAUUUCCACACAUUCUUCCCCAUGUUUCAAGCCAUGGUCGAUCACGCCAGUCGGAUCGUAGCUUCCAGGAGGGCAGAGCUGCGUCCAGUGUUCAUGUUUGAGACUCGAGUCAUCCCCUCGCUGUUUGCUGUCGCAAUCAAGUGUCGACACCCGAUGAUCCAUCGACAGGCAAUUUCGUUACUCCGAAUGGGAACUCAGAUUGAAAAUACUUGGAGGGCCGACGCGAUGGCCAAUAUCGCCGAAUGGACGGUUGGGAUCGAGGAAUCCGGUAAUAUUCACGGGAUCUUCUGCGCAGAGCCUUCCCAAGUCGAACUGCUGCCGGAAAACUAUCGAGUGCAUUGGGACCAGGUUGUCGAGCUCCGAGGUCCUGACGGACGACCCGCCAAGUUUCACCAAUUUCAAAUGUGGCAGCAAGAUGAGAAUCAUGCAUGGUCUUUGGUUGAGCACACCGUGCAGAUAUGA